AUGACAGUCGAAGCAAAAACGUUCACGAACAAAUCUAAUGGCGAAACAUUCACAAAAGGCACUUACAACGGUAUUGAAGUCUUACGUAGAGACAAGGAUGGUUAUGUAAAUGCAACAAAGAUAUGUCAGCAGUUUAGGAAAGACUUUAGAAGGUUGUUGGAAAAUAAGUCCUGGGAAGAGUAUUAUAAGGCAUUUUGUGAAGAAUAUACCAACCCGCGGAAAACAGCGGGUUGCUUUUUAUACAAAAUUCAUGCAGGAAUUCCUGAUGAAAUCAAACAGGUUAGAGGAAUGUAUGUAGACCCAAGACUUGUAAACUAUAUAGCAAUGUGGGCUUCUCCAAAAUAUUGCAUAGCAGUUGGAAAAAUUAUGGACUCCAUAGACAAGAAAGUUCAUGAGAAAUUAGAUGAAGAAGAACUUGAAGAUACAGUAGAGAAUGCAAAACCUUUGUUCGAACAAGAA